CCUCUCCUCGAUUAUUUUCCACUCAGUUGCUCGCAGUUUAAAAUGGCGGCGUUGACUAACGCCGAGUCCCCACCGCCCGUCUUCAACGGUGACACGAUGGACCGAGACCCGGAGCGGGAACGGGGACUGGAGGAGCUGGGAGCCUGCCUGGACCCAGCCUGUUCGGUGGGGAUCCCGGAAUGUCCGCAGGACGAGGAGAUCUGGAAUAUCAAACAGAUGAUCAAGCUGACACAGGAGCACUUAGAGGCACUACUGGACAAGUUUGGAGGAGAAUGUAACCCUCCGUCUAUAUAUCUGGAGGCCUAUGAGGAGUACACCAGUAAACUGGAUGCUCUACAGCAGAGGGAGCAGCAGCUCCUGGAGGCUAUGGGAAACGGGACAGACUUCUACUCCUCCUCUCCUACGCCCCCCUCCCUCCUGGAUGGUGGUUUGAGCUGUUCUGGGGGCACUCAGUUCCUUCUCCCCUCCGCCCCCAACACCCUGGCUGUCCUUCAGACCCCUACAGACGGACGGGCCAAUCCCCGCUCCCCUCAGAAACCCAUCGUCAGGGUGUUCCUGCCCAACAAACAGCGGACCGUGGUCCCAGCCCGCUGUGGCAUGACAGUCAGAGACUCUCUGAAGAAGGCUUUAAUGAUGAGGGGACUAAUCCCUGAGUGCUGUGCUGUCUACAGGAUACAGGACGGAGAGAAGAAGCCUCUUGGCUGGGACACAGACAUCUCCUGGCUGACGGGGGAGGAGCUACACGUGGAAGUGCUGGAGAACGUCCCUCUGACCACACACAACUUUGUGAGGAAGACGUUUUUUACGUUGGCCUUCUGCGAUUUUUGCCGGAAGCUUCUGUUCCAGGGUUUCCGAUGUCAGACGUGUGGCUAUAAGUUCCACCAGCGUUGCAGCACAGAGGUGCCGCUCAUGUGUGUCAACUACGACCAGCUAGAUUUGUUGCUGGUGUCCAAGUUCUUUGAGCACCACCCCAUCACCCAGGAGGAGGCGUCAUCAGAGGGCACCACCCCCGUGUCCGAGGCCUACCCGUCACUGCCCCCAUCCGACUCCACCGGGUCCCUGUGCCACGCCAGUGUGUCCCCGUCCAAGUCCAUCCCGAUCCCCCAGAAUUUCAGGCCCGGAGAAGAGGACCACAGGAACCAGUUUGGACAGAGAGAUCGCUCGUCCUCCGCUCCCAACGUCCACAUCAACACCAUCGAACCCGUCAACAUAGACGACUUGAUUCGAGACCAAGGUUUACAGAGGUCAGAAGGAGCCCCCCCCUUGCAGACCCACCCACCCGCCCGCUGCUUGAGGAAGCACCGAACACGGACCUCAAGCCCCCUCCUAUACUCCUACCCCAAUGACAUAGUCUUUGAUUUUGAGUCCGAGCCUGUGUUCCGAGGGUCGACUGCAGGGCUGUCGGCCACGCCCCCGGCCUCGCUGCCUGGCUCAUUGACCAAUGUGAAGGCUCCUCAGAAGUCUCCGUGUCCACAGAGAGAGAGGAAGUCAUCGUCCUCGUCUGACGACCGCAAUAAGAUGAAAACCCUGGGCAGACGGGACUCGAGUGACGACUGGGAGAUCCCAGAAGGUCAGAUCACCCUGGGUCAGAGGAUAGGAUCUGGAUCCUUUGGAACGGUCUUCAAGGGCAAGUGGCACGGCGAUGUGGCGGUGAAGAUGUUAAACGUUACAGCUCCCACCCCACAGCAGCUACAGGCCUUCAAGAACGAAGUGGGAGUCCUUCGGAAGACGCGUCACGUCAACAUCCUGCUGUUCAUGGGUUACACCACCAAGCCUCAGCUGGCCAUCGUGACCCAGUGGUGUGAGGGCUCCUCCCUCUACCACCAUCUGCACAUCAUAGAGACCAAGUUUGAGAUGAUCAAGCUCAUAGACAUCGCCCGGCAGACCGCACAGGGCAUGGAUUAUCUGCACGCCAAAUCCAUCAUCCAUAGAGACCUGAAGAGCAACAACAUCUUCUUACACGAGGAUCUAACCGUGAAGAUAGGAGACUUCGGCCUGGCCACAGUGAAGUCACGCUGGAGCGGCUCCCACCAGUUUGAACAGCUCUCUGGCUCCAUCCUGUGGAUGGCCCCAGAAGUGAUCCGUCUGCAAGAUAAGAACCCUUACAGCUUCCAGUCUGACGUUUACGCCUUCGGGAUCGUUCUCUAUGAGUUGAUGUCUGGGGCCUUGCCCUACUCCAACAUCAAUAACAGAGACCAGAUAAUCUUCAUGGUGGGUCGGGGCUACCUGUCUCCUGACCUCAGUAAGGUGCGCUCCAACUGUCCUAAAGCCAUGAGGAGGCUGAUGGCUGACUGUAUGAAGAAGAAGAGAGAGGAACGGGCCCUAUUCCCUCAGAUCCUGGCGUCCAUUGAGCUUCUGGCGCGUUCUUUACCCAAGAUCCACCGCUCCGCGUCGGAACCCUCACUGAACCGAGCCGGGUUCCAGACGGAGGACUUCAGCCUGUACGCCUGUGCCUCCCCCAAAACCCCUAUCCAGGGGGGAUACGGGGAGUUUUCAGCAUUUAAAUAAGCUGCUGAGCCAGAUCCCGCCAGUCCAUCCCUCGUCACUCUUCAACAAGUCUUGUGUUCCUGCGGUGGAUUACUUCAUCCAUUAACCAAAAACCAACAUACUAGUCUCAAAAGAACGUGCUGUUUUCUACUUUCCACAACCACGAAGAGACGGACGAGACGGCCUCUUCCUCUCUCCGCGUCUCAGGAGUUCUACAGACGAUGUCUCCGCUGGGGAAUCACCACAUCGGAAGGAAAACGACCAAAAUCUGAUUUAAAUAAAAAGGUAAAGUUGAAUGAGACACAACCAGAAAACACAAAUGAAGGAAGACACACUGAAGAAAUGUUCAACCAAACCAGAGGAAGAAGGGAAAUACUGUAAAAGGAGAGAACAGCACUUCUUGAUUGUAGGACUGAUGGAGGAGGAGUAUAACUGUUGAGAGCACAAGGACAGGAUUGGGGUUAGAAGUCGAAAGAGAGGUUAGAGGUCGAGGGUUUGGGCAGCACACCCUCUUUCUCACUACCCUCCCUGACGAAGAGGGCGGAGCUACAGGCACAGGAAACCACACUUUCUUUCCUGGCUGCUCAUUGGUUACCUGAGAUGAAGGGGCCAGGUCUAAGCCAAUCGCUGAUAAGCUGGCUCUCACGGGGGUGUAGUCGACCCUGUGGGAAGAGGACUUGAAAGAUUAAUUUAUUGGGAAAAAAAUCCCCAGUUCUUGUUUGUUUUGGGAUUUUAGGGAUAUGUGGGGGGGGUGCUGUUCUGCGUUUUUCUUUUUGACGAGAUCGUUCAUGUUUUUACUGUCACUACAAAGCAUUCCUACCCGGUGAUAGGCCACACACACACGAAUACACUCAACUCGCGCUUCACUGAAAGGACAUUCUGAGACUCUCCCUCAGUGCUCUCACACAUCUGUCCAUUUUCCAAUGAAGGAUGCUUUUCCACAUUUUGCCAGACUCCGGGAUCUCGCCUUGUCAUUUGCCUCAGCAAAACUCCACGUUAACCCCUGUUUGGAUCGUUUGAUAGCUUAUGUGGUAGUCGACCGGAAAAAAACGCUAACGUCCGCUUUCCAGGGAUACAGUAUGUUCAACCUAACUUCCGUUUCCCCUGAAAACCAGAAGUGGGGAACUCCGCUCGCUACGUUAGCGUCAUAAAUAACAGUAAAAAAAAAAAAAUCAGCCGAGGAUUGUUGUUUUGAAGGGAUGGCACAUCGUUUUUUUUAAUCAACAGGUCUGCUAGAAAGAAACUGUGAAUCUAAGAUGGCUGCCAGUGCCUCUUCAGACUUGGUGUUUGAGGGGGGAAAAAGAGCCCGAUCACAAUCCUCUAUUACGGAGUCUACAGAGGUGUGGAGGACGGGGAGUCUACAGAGGUGUGGAGGACGAAGAGUCUACAGAGGUGUGGAGGACGGAGAGUCUACAGAGGUGUGGAGGACGGAGAGUCUACAGAGGUGUGGAGGACGGAGAGUCUACAGAGGUGUGGAGGACGGAGAGUCUACAGAGGUGUGGAGGACGGAGAGUCUACAGAGGUGUGGAGGACGGAGAGUCUACAGAGGUGUGGAGGACGGAGAGUCUCUCUGACCGAAACGCCACACGUUUCACCAUUUUAUUUUGGAGGAGGGGGGGACUUUUUCUAGUGAGUUUGUACGAGGAAGGAUCGAAGCUACAAGAACAACCGUACAAUGGUACUCCCUCCUAGCUGAAGGUCAGAGUGAAGUCUCUACAGGAGUAACCAGGCGUCCCAAUAUUCCCGGUCAGAAGUAAAUGAUUGAAUAGGCUUCUGCUUUAGUCUAUAUGUUGGAUAGAAAACUGCUAUAGUCUUGAGGUUUUACAUUUGCAUUGUGCUGUUGUUACAAGUUUGGCUGUUCUCCCUCAACGAGACACGGCUUCUCGUCUCAGCUUGGCUACAUUCACAGAACACUAUCCAAUCAAACCCCCUCCCCUCCCACACACAUCUCUGAUUCUAUUGGUGAAUCGCUAAUCUGGGCAGUGCAUGUGAUUUAACCUACCAAUGAGACUUUCUCUCUUCUUGUCGUGGACUUUUUAAAUUAUUGCUUUUAUCACAGACGGAGGAAGCCAAAGCUCAAUUCACCUGUUGCACCUGUAAACAAGAUGGCUGCUAUCACGUACCUGCCUGCUGAGAGACUAGUGUGAUUUAAAUAGAUGUUUUGGGGGGGGGGGUUGGGUAAAGUUUCCCCUGGGCGGUGUUCUUGGGUCACUUUUGAAUUUCCCUCACCAUUGGUUAAGGUUCUGAUUGGGGUAGGGGUAGCUGAUCCUAGACCUGUACCAAGGGGAGACUUCACUCCGAAGCUGUGUUUUGGGGGAUUGAAAUGGAAUCUGUGUCUGAUUUUUAUGCCUGUCCUUUCUAUCGUCACGCAGCUAUAUUUGUCAUUCCAGUGUGUCGAAAGGUCCAAGGAGCUGUUUUUUACUUAUCUUUUGUUCAUGUCGUUUUGCCUUUAUUUUGUUGACAGGCAGGCCUGCAAAAAUAUUGACUGAUUUGUUAAUGACAUUUUAUGAAUUGUCUUUAUUGAGACCGGGAGAGAGCUUCUUCUUUUAUUUUAAAGCCAUCUGUCUUGUUUUAACUCCUUGUGUCUUUGAGAGAGAUGUUUCCAAGAAGCAAAAAUAGCGACUUCCCUUUUUAUUUUUAUUUUUAAAAAUUAAAUUUGUUUAUUAACCAAUAAAUCCCGUCACAACAUGAA